GAAACUUUAUUUGCAUAAUGGGUACUUUGUAUUCAAACUUAUUCAACCCUCCCUAUAUUUCUCACUUUUUGCUCCUUUUGUUUUUGGCAUCUUCAUAUCUGCACACUAGCAGUCACUUCUGUUUCUGUUUGGUUGAUGGAGUUCCAAGCACUAGUAGUGGGAGAUCAUGCAUCGAGGAAGAGAGAAGUGCGCUUCUCAGUUUUAAGCAGGAUCUCAAGGAUCCCUCUGGAAGGCUUUCUUCUUGGGUGGGUUACGAUUGCUGUCAAUGGCAAGGGAUUUCAUGCACCAACCGCACCGGUCAUGUGGCGAAGGUGGAACUCCGGAAUCCAUAUCCAUAUUUUGGGGGGGAUGAUGAGUGGGACGAGUUGGCUUAUAACCAGUCUUCCUUGGGAGGUCAGAUAAAUCCUUCUUUGCUUAGCUUGAAAUAUUUAAAUUAUCUGGAUCUAAGCUACAAUGAUUUUGAUGGGAUUCACAUCCCUGAGUUCUUUGGGGAGCUUCAAAGUCUAAGGUAUCUCAAUAUUUCCGAGGCAUCAUUUUCGGGAGAGAUUCCGCAUUCUCUCGGUAACUUAUCAAAAUUGAACUAUCUUGAUCUUCACUGCACUUCGUGCUUAUUCGAAAUACAUUCCAAAAACUUGAACUGGCUUUCUCAUCUCUCUUCCCUAAAACACCUCAAUCUCAACAGAGUGUUUCUUCACAGCACAGGAGUUCCAAAUUGGCUGCAUCAUGUUAACAUGCUUCCUUCCUUACUGGAGUUACACUUAUCUAAUUGCUUCAUUGAAAGCCUUCCACUAUCACUGCAGAAGAUUAACUUCACCUCACUUUCAGUCCUUGAUGUGUCAUAUAAUUACUUCAAUACUUCUUCAUUUCCCAGCUGGCUUUUCAAUCUUACCAGCCUCAGAAAACUUGAUCUAAGUGGGAAUUCUUUGGGUGGUCCUUUUCCCGGUGAACUUGCAAACCUCAAAUCUCUGGAAUACCUAGAUUUAACUGAGUUUGGCCUCAAAGGUCGAAUUCCCAGAGUCAUUGGAAAUAUGUGCAAGCUAAAGUUUUUAAGUCUUAGUAGGAACGAUUUUACUGGUGAGAAAAUUGAAGAGUUUUGGAGGAGUUUGUCAAAUUGUCCAAAUAAUACAAUCGCAUUAGAAUCACUAGAUUUUUCUGAUUGUGGGCUCGAAGGCCAACUGCCGGCCUCCUUAGGAAUGUUAACAAGUUUGCAGCAUCUAGACCUUUCGAGUCUCUUUCUUUGGGGUUCAAUUCCUGAAUCUAUUGGAAACUUGUCAUCCUUGAAAACACUGGACCUCUAUAGUAGCAAUUUGAAGAGCUCCAUUCCAAAAAGUUUGGGAAAACUCUCUCAGCUAGUUGAACUGGAUCUAUCUAAUAAUUCAUGGGAAGGCAUUCUAACGGAAGCCCAUUUCAUAAAUCUCACCAGUUUAAAAUAUAUUUCAAUAUUUAAUUCUUAUAGAGAGAUGCCCAUGUCUCUCCUGUUAGACGUGGCUUAUGAUUGGGUUCCUCCUUUCAAGCUCCACAGACUUAACAUUGGAGGCUGCAGAGUAGGUCAUGGUCUUUGGGAAUUGAUUCAAUCUCAGACUGAACUAGUCGAUGUCAGCCUUUGUAGUACUUUCAUCUCGGGUUCCAUAGAGGAAUGGUUGUCGAAGAUAUCUUCCCAAGUCGAAUAUUUGGAUUUAUCUUACAACAACUUCAGUGGAAGGCUUCCAUUACAAUUGAAGUUUCCAAAGCUAUGGAGUAUCAGAUUGGGUCAUAAUCAAUUGGAAGGCCCACUUCCACUUUGGCCCACUAAAGUCGACACCCUUGAUCUUCAAAGCAAUUUAUUUUCCGGGCCAAUUCCCUCCAAUUUAGACCAAUUGAUGCCCCGAUUGCGUGAUUUGGAUGUUUCUGAGAAUAAUUUGAGUGGUACUAUUCCACUCUCUAUUUGCAACAUGCAGGAAAUGUCAAGAAUUUCGCUAAGAAACAAUCAACUACUUGGAGAGUUCCCUCAACGGUGGAGUUUGUGGAGCGUCAUACAACUUAUUGAUGUCUCCCACAACAAUCUUUCUGGUAGUAUUCCGAAUUCAAUGGCUAUCCCAAGUUCUCUCAUGGUAUUUAAGGCGAAUAAUAAUAAUUUUAGUGGUGAGAUUCCUCUUUUCUUUCAAAAUUGCACUUCUUUGGUUUUACUUAAUCUUGGAGGCAACAAAUUCACUGGAAACCUACCUUUAUGGAUUCGAUCAGACGUACCUCAAUUGCAAGUGUUACAAUUGCAAUCCAACCUUUUGAGCGGGCAUAUCCCCCCCCAUUUCUGCAAUCUUCCAUCCCUUCACGUCCUAGAUCUUUCCCACAACAACUUUUCAGGGACCAUUUCCAAGUGUCUGAAAAGUAUGGCUUGUCUAGUUGAAGUUAGUGAUGGAUGCCAUACUGAAACGUCGUUUGAAUCAUAUGAUGAAAAAACAACAAUAAUGUCAAAAGGGAUUCAGCUCGAAUAUGAGGAUUACCAGUUAACCGCCUGGGUAGACAUGAUUGAUCUUUCGUCAAACAAUUUUGAAGGUGAAAUCCCUGAACAAGUAGGCAGUAUGGUUAAUUUGAGUAUGUUGAACUUGUCGAUGAAUCGAUUAACUGGAGAGAUUCCUUCAAGCAUCGGAAAAUUACGUUGGCUUGAAACUCUUGAUCUCUCACACAACCACCUUUCAGGACAUAUCCCUCAAAACUUCUCUUCUUUGACCUCCCUAUCUCACUUGAAUUUGUCCUACAACAACUUGACUGGAAAAAUACCUUCUGGCAACCAAUUCGAAACCCUCAAUGAUCCAUCUAUUUAUGAACACAAUCUGUUAUUGUGUGGGCCUCCUCUUUUAACUGUAUGCCCUGGAGAUGAUGCACGUUCAAGACAGACUUUUACUUCAGAAGAUCACAGUAAAGAUGACAACGAAGGGUUUUGGUUUCACGUCAGCAUGGCACUUGGUUUCAUUGUAGGCUUUUGGGCUGUUUGUGGAACGUUGGUCCUAAAGAAGUCAUGGAGGUAUGCAUAUUUUAAAUUCUUUGACAACGUGAAAGAGAAAGUAGCCUUAAUAAUUGCAUUGAAAGUAGCUCGUUGGCAAGGGAGAUUAUGAUACGAAGAGAAAAUAAAAAUGUGCAUGUGUGUUCUGGUAGGCUACUCGUCCGACCGUUGCUGUUGAAGCUUACUUUUGAAACUUGUGUUAGCUUUUAAAUUGUUGCUUUUGCUAGUUUUUUAUUUGGUUUGGCGUGUUUUGUAUUAGUGUGCUUUCCUCACUUUGUGUUUUGAGGUCUCUCACGAGGGGCUUUGGGUCUUUUUGUUCCUUCUAGG